UUUUUUUUUUGUUUAUUAUUCUUUCUUUCUUCUUCGUUUUAUAUACAUAAAGAAUGGUUAGCCAAGGCAACGAAUGUACAUCAUUGAUUCAAGGUCAAAGUAUAACAAAUUCAUAUUCAUGUACAAGCUUAUCAAAUAAAUAUAAUUCAUCGCUAUCAAGUCCAAUUAAGAGAAAACUUAUUAUAGCAACAACUAUUGCUUGCAUGUUUUUUGGUAUUGAACUUAUUGCAGGAUAUGUUUCAAAUUCAUUAGCCCUGAUGUCGGAUGCUUUUCAUUUAUUAAGUGAUGUUGCUAGUUUUAUUGUUGCUCUUAUAGCUAUCUAUUUAGCCGAGAAACCGCCUACUAAAAAACAUACAUUUGGAUUUCAUCGAGCAGAAGUAAUUGCUGCUGUCAUAUCCGUUUUGACUAUUUGGGUUUUAACAGGUUUUCUAAUACUGGAAGCUGUAAAUAGAAUUCAAUCACCUCAAGUUAUUGAUGCUAAACUUAUGUGUGUCACAGCCUCUAUUGGUGUACUCGUCAAUAUCAUAUUGAUAUCUGUAUUGGGUGGGCAUCAUAGUCAUGCGCAUAGUCAUGAUGAUGAAGAAACAGAAGAUUCAUCUCAAAAGACGGUUCACAAGAAAGAAAAUAUCAAUGUUAGAGCAGCUGCGUUACAUGUACUUGGAGACUUAUUAGCAGCUAUUGGCGUUCUUAUUUCAUCUAUUGUAUUAAUUUUCAAACCAGAAUAUACGAUUGUCGAUCCUAUAUGUACAUUUAUCUUUUCUCUCAUCGUCUUAUAUACUACUUUUCAUUUAAUCAAAGAUUCAAUGAUAGUUUUGAUGGAAGGCGUACCUGGUCAUAUUGAAACUGAAGCAAUCGAACAUUCACUUUUACAAAUAUCAGACGUUGUUUCAGUUCAUGAUUUACAUAUUUGGGAACUAAGUCCUGGUAACAGUUUACUUACAGCUCAUAUUGUAAUUUUUGAAGAUGUAAAAUGUAACAAUAACAUUUUAAAAGAAAGUCAACAAAUGAUUUAUAGUGUUUAUGGUAUUCUACACUCAACAUUGCAAAUAGAAUCCAAUAAAGCUAUUUUCACAAAUCAUUGUAGACCUGAUAUAUGCUGUAAAUUUACAAAUCACUAAAAUAAAAAGAAAUCCUACUCUUUCUUUCCCUCUUAUCCAAGGAUACUCUCUAACUAGUAAUAAUAAG